GUCCAGUUUUCGCCACCUUAACUUCAAAAUGGUUUCAGUACUAAGCAUCCUGUCAAUCAACUUAUUCACUUUGCCACUUCUGGGCCUAACUCUAGUAGCCGCCUAUUUCUAUCUCACCAAAAGACACAACUACUGGGAGGUCCGUGGCAUCCCAUACGUCACUCCAUCAUUCCUGUUUGGAAGCUUGGUGGACGUAUUUACGGGAAAACUGCAAAUAGCUGAAUACUUGGGAAGCUUACACGCCAAAUUCAAAGGGCCAUACUUUGGGAUGUACAUGAUGGGAACGCCGCAGUUGAUCGUGCGAAGUCCAGCGUUGAUCAAAGACAUCCUCAUAAGAGACUUCAACGUUUUCGACAACCGCAGUUUUUCCAGUGAUCAGAAUGCCGACCCGAUUUCAGCCAACAGCCUUAUAACAGUAAAGAACCCUAGAUGGAAAGCACUGAGGAGCAAAGUGUUGCCCAUAUACUCAACUGGGAAGUUGAAGUUGAUGUUUCAGUUGAUGUUUAAGAGCGCCAACGAUCUGGAGCAACAUUUGGAAGAACACAACAACGAGUCCAUAGAUAUACGGGAAGUUUCCGCCAAGUACAUGACAGACUUGAUAGCCACCUGUGCGUUCGGAUUUGAAGCCAAUUCAUUUGCCAAGGUGGAAUCCGAUAUCAGGAAAUUCAGCAGGACGAUGCUGGACUUCACAAUGGGGAAGUUGUUCUGCUUUCUCUCGCAUUUAUUUUUCCCCAAGUUGGUUACACUGUUCAAUCUAAGAUUUUUGGACACCAGAGCUCUGGAGAAGGUUUUUGUAUCGACCAUGGCCCACAGGGAAGAGACUAAAAUCAAGAGAAACGAUUUUAUAGAUUUGCUGCUGAAGGUUCGGGAUGAAAAGGACGAUUUGGUACUUUUCGAUACAAACACAAUGCUUGCUCAAGCCCUGACAUUCUUCAUAGCCGGAGUAGAGUCCAUUAGCAACUUGGUCUCCUUUGUUCUAUACAACUUAUGUCUAAAAGAGGAAUAUCAAGAGAGACUUCAAAAAGAAAUUCAAGAAGCCAUAAAGACCCAUGCCGAUUUAAAUUUCGAAAACAUAAACACCCUAAAAUUUCUGGACAUGGUCGUGAACGAAACUCUGCGAAAAUACCCGUUUGGAUUGUUCUUGAAUAGAGUCUGCAACCGGGACUACACGGUUAAAGAAACAGGGUUUGUCAUUGAAAAAGGAACCCCCAUCAUUAUUUCCAUCGAUGGUAUCCACAAGGACCCAGAAAUUUACGAGAGUCCCGAGGAAUUUAGACCCGAAAGGUUCGAAAAUGGUAACAAGUCUUUCUCGCAGAAUUGCACCUUCAUACCAUUUGGUACAGGUCCUAGAAGUUGCAUAGGCAUUCGUUUUGCUCUGAUGGCGGCAAAAUUGGCGAUUGUGAUGGUUCUGAGAAAAUUCAAGGUGGAAAAAUCAGCCGAUACGCCAAUGGAUAUAGUGAUAAAACCGUUUUCACCAUUUAUGACCCCAAAAAAUGGGUUGAGCAUGCGUAUAAGAAAACUCGAAUGAAUUGUUUUUGUAAUAUAUUAUUAUGACAAGGUUAAUUUAUGUACAGGUAGUUAAUAGAUAUUUAUGUCGAAAGAUUAACUUAUUUUUUUUUUAAAUAUAUUUAUAGGUAUGUAUACGUUAAUCCUCGAAUUUUGCAUGGAUUAAUUUUGGUAUAAUGAAAUAUAGCUAAAAAUAGCACAUUUUUUACAUGAAAUUAUUUUACAACUGUUUGUAUAAACAUUUAAAAUAUACCUGGGCAUUUAA